ACCAUAGAAAAAAAGCAUCGAGCGGACGAUCGUGAAUUGGGACUUGAGCAGCAGGUUUACAGCAGCAAUUUUCCGUUAAGAUAAUCCGUUAACUGACACAGGGCUUUUCACCUCAUAGUGACUAAAAUACGAUUUAAUUUGAUCAUUUUGUUUCGGUUUUGUACUUUCUCGUGUCUUAUUGAGAUGUCGCGUAACAUGGUGAUGUCAGCUCCAGUGUGUUUGAUCGACACUGAUGUAAAGGGGAUGAUGUGUGUGAAGAAAGAGGCUAAAGCCAUUCUGGACGGGAUAACGGAGCCGGUUGUGGUCGUGUCUGUGGUGGGACUUUACAGGACAGGCAAAUCUUACCUCAUGAACCGGCUUGCAGGACAACAGUCAGGCUUUGCUCUCGGUAACACUAUCGAGUCGAAGACCAAAGGCAUCUGGAUGUGGUGUGUCCCUCAUCCCUCUAAAGCAGGACACACUCUGGUGCUGCUGGACACUGAAGGACUUGGAGAUGUGGACAAGGGAGAUGAGAAACAUGACACUUGGAUCUUCUGUUUGGCUCUUCUGCUCAGCAGCACCCUUGUGUACAACAGCUUGGGAGUCAUAGAUAAUAUGGCACUGGAAAAACUACAUUAUGUAACGGAACUGAGAGAGCACAUCCGUAUAAAGGCAAAAGCAGAAAACAUGGAUGAAAGUGGACAAUACAUGAGUGUUUUUCCAGCCUUUGUCUGGACCGUUCGUGAUUUCUAUCUGGACCUAGAAAAGGACAAUAAACCAAUUACAGCUGACCAAUAUCUGGAGGGAGCUCUGGAUCUUAAACCAGGUGACUCUCGUAAGAUUGAGCGGUAUAAUCUGCCCCGCCGCUGUCUGCGAAAUUUCUUUGUGACGAGAAAGUGUUUUGUCUUCCCUCGCCCUGCUGCACCGAAGGACAUGAAGAGAAUGGAGAAGCUGAAGGAGGCUGAGCUCGAUCCAGAGUUCCUGCAAGAGGCAAACGUUUUCUGUCAAUACAUCUACAGCAGUGCACAGUCCAAAACUAUCAUGGAAGGUCGCACUAUCACUGGAACCGUUUUGGGAAAUCUGGCCGAAGUGUAUGUGGCGUCAAUCCGCAAUGGAAGUGUACCAUGUCUGGAAAACGCAGUGAUUUCCCUGGCUAAGAUCCAUAAUGGAAAAGCAGUGGAUGAAGCUCUUCAGCUCUAUGUGUCUGAGAUGCUCAAAUCAAUCCAGUUUCCAGUUGACCCAAAACAGCUGUCUAAUAUUCAUGAGCUUGCAGAGAAGAAAGCUAUUGAAGUCUUCAUUCGCAAGUCCUUCAAUGACACGGAUCAAACUUACCAACGCCAGCUUGCGAGGAGUAUUCAAAGUCAAUAUGAAGAAUUUUGUGAACAGAAUAAGGAAGAAUCUAAGAACGUCUGUCAGUCCGUUCUGAAACGUGUGUUUGAGCCGGUGGAAGACGGCUUGCAUAAUGGACACUACAUGAAACCUGGAGGAUACAGGCAGUAUAAAGACACACUUACACAGCUGGCCAAGGAUUACAGAUCAGAAACCGCAACGCAGUUAAUGAGUGAAGAAGUGUUGAGUAAGUAUUGGGAAGAAAAGGAAGAGUCUGGAAUGAUCAUUCUAGCAGCUGAUGAAUCUCUUACUGCAGCUGAACAUGAGAAAGAAGUGGAAAGACUAAAGAAUGAAGUUUUAGAACAGCAGCAAAGAGGUCUAGAGCAACAGAACCGGCUCCAGGUGCAGAUGAUGGAAGACCAGAAGAGAACCCAUGAUGAACAUGUGAGACAACUCAUGGAGAGGAUGGAGAAAGAACAGGAGAGAAUGAGGUUGGACAAUGAACGAGUGAUGGAAGCAAAACUUAAGGAACAGCGGGUUAUGCUCCAGAAUGGGUUCAGUAAUGAGGUCAGCCGCCUGCAGGCAGAGAUCAAUAGUCUGCGUGCACAGAAGCCUAAAGGUGGUUGCAGUAUCCUCUGAAAAUACUUAGAUAUAGCUAUAUACAGUAUUCACAGCAAAGUGUAACACAUAUUAAAUAAUAUGUAUAUUAAUAAUUAAACUGAAUGUAAUACAAACUGUUAUAGUUGAAAUAAUAGCGUUUUGAAGACUUUGAAGAUAAGGAAAAGUUUUCAGGACAUGGUACCGCAUGCUUGCCUUCAUGAGAACGGUCAAAGUCUACCUGCCUCUCAAAGCUUUUACUGAGCAAUUUGUAGUUGAUGGCAAACCAGGGUUGCAAAGGUGUGGAAAGUUUCCGGUAAAUUUCCUGGAAACUUUCCAUGGUAACUUAAUCUAGGGAAUUUUGGAAAUAUUACAAAUUGGAACCUUAAUUGGAAUUUAUGGGAGUUAUUUAGAAAUUUUGGAAAAUUUAUAUAAACUAUAUCAUAUGAUAAAAAAAAUGUUAAUUUAUGUUUGUAUAAGCAGACGAUGAAACAACUUUGAAAGAAUCCAGAUACUUGCGCUAAUCAAGCCUGGGUUUGAUUAAUAAAAAAUCAUUUAGAAAUUAUGAAAGCUUUGCAUAAUAAGAGUGCCGCAGGGGUAACGUAUUUCUGUAGGCUAACCUGGAAGUUAGUGGGAUACUAGUUCCCUUGCAACAAAGCCCAUUUAUUUUUCCCAUAAUAAGCUCUGUGUUUAACAAAAGUUACACGUUUUGUCCAACAAGUUAGUCUUCACAGAUGAUUCUUUACAUUUCUUUGAUAUUUGGUUGUGUGCACUUUUAUAGCCCACAAUGUAGCUUAGUGGUUGCACUGUUGCCUUUACAUUUCUAACAAUAUUAUUGAAGUAAUAAUUGUAAUGAGAAUAUAUUGCUUUGUAAUUAAUAGGUCUGAUUAACUUUGAUAGAACAUACCAGUAUAUGAUAA